AUGUGCCUUUGGCUUAUAACGGCCUGUUUAGGCCUCUUGCCCGCGCAACCUGCUCCCCCCAAUGUCAUUGUAGUGCAAGGAGUUCCCACUCCUAUUCUUCAGCCUACCACAGCUGCAACAACUGCAGCACCAAAUACUACCACGACCACAACAACAACUACCACUACUACAACAGCGAGACCUGGAAAUAUGACCUCACCACCACCGCCUACGAUGCCAAGUAACACCACCACCACGGUGACGACAGCCGCGCCCACCACCACAACUACGGCGGCCACUACUGCUGCUCCUACCACAAUGUCCACCGCAGCGACCACAGGUGGAGUGCUUUUAUCAGUUUUACUAUGUGACAAUCCUGACUUGAUUUGUAUAUCUAACCCUGAUGACCCUGCUUCAGGCUCGCUUCCCAUAGAUCCCAGGCUCGGCACCACACCUGGCGCCUCCGGGGCGAUACAAGUGCCGCCUAUAUCUGGAUACAGUGGUCAAGUGCCAUCCUACGAUACGGCAGUGAGAUUCCCUCGUCAGCGGCGGAGUGUACAGCUUAGUUUGAAGGAUUUAUACGAUGGUUUCCGUAGCGACUUAAUACCAGAAAAUAAGCACAAUAUUCGCAAGAGACAGAGCUGCAGAUGUGUUCCCACAGGCACCUGCGUCCGGACAUCUUCAGGCGCCGGAAUGAUAGACAUAAGAAUUGUCACCCCGGUAAGCCUAAAUUAAGGUUCAACUCAAUGCCCAACAGGGCAAGAAUACUGCUGCGGCAGUACAACUACUAUUGCGUGUGGCACCUUGCAGACUGUGCCAUCCACUGGAGUCACUCCUGCCACUGGUCAAGCGAACUUUGGAGAAUUUCCUUGGCAGGCUUUAAUUUUGACUUUACAAAAUGAUUACAUUGCCGGCGGCGUUUUGAUAGACCAAAUGAACGUCCUAACAGUCACCCAUAGGAUGUUGCCUUACAUUGUUUCAGGAACUGCACCUAAUGUCAAAGUCCGUCUCGGCGAAUGGGAUGCGGCUGGGACUUACGAACCUGUGCCAUUCCAAGAGUAUACAAUACGGAAGGUAAUCAGUCACCCCUCGUACAGUGCUAACACCCUGCAGUAUGAUUUGACGGUAUUGAGAUUGAACACCGCCGUGCCGUUAUCCCCGGCAACUGGUUCCGCAACUACGAUCAACAGAGCAUGCCUACCACCGAAUUCAAAUUCUGUCUACACUGGAAUCAGAUGCAUGGUGUCUGGUUGGGGUAAAGAUAUGUUCGGCAUGACUGGACAGUACCAGCAGAUCAUGAAAAAGGUGGACGUGCCAGUAGUGGCGUCGGCGACUUGCCAGGCGCAGCUGCAAGCGGCAAGGCUCGGCGCCACCUUCGUCCUUGACACCACCUCCUUUGUCUGCGCAGGAGGUGAAGCUAACAAAGAUGCCUGUACCGGUGACGGGGGCUCGGGAUUGGUGUGCCCGGUAAACGGGCAGUGGGUGGUUGUAGGGCUGGUGUCGUGGGGGCUGGGCUGCGCCAGCGCCAACGUGUCCGCGGCCUACGUCAACGUGGCCGCCCUGCUGCCCUGGAUACAGCAGCAAGUCGCCGCGGCUUAG